AGCGCUCAGUUUCUUACCUCGCAACGGCUAGAUUCCAACAAAGCCCUCAGGCACAAAAAAGUGCGGGAGUUGGUGGAGUAUUUGAGAGAGCGUAGCACGGCGAAAGAGGCUGUGGAUAUUGGUCGAGCUGCGUUCAUGACGGUGCUGAAUAUGCUGUCGAACACUCUGUUCUCGGUUGACAUGGUCGAUGCUGGAUCGGAUUCUGCGCAGGAGUUUAAGGAUUUGGUGUGGGGCAUUAUGGAGGAGCUCGGCACUGCGAAUGUUUCGGAUUUUUUCCCGUUGGUAAGGGGGCUGGAUUUGCAAGGGAAGAGGCGGAGGACUGAGGGCUAUUUUAGGAAGUUGCAUAGCAUUUUUGAUGAGCUUAUAGAUGGAAGAUUGAAGGAGACUGAACUUGGUCAUGAAACUAAUAAUGACUUUUUGGAUGCGAUCCUCAGUGGUCAGAGCAAGCUCGAUCGACAUGUUAUGAACUCGCUGCUCAUGGACAUGUUCGUCGGUGGUACCGACUCAAUCUCACACACAGUAGAAUGGGUGAUGGCGGAGCUCCUCCGCAACCCCGACACAAUGAGAAAGGCCACCAUAAAAGAAUCCCUCCGUCUUCACUCUCCAGGUCCCUUUCUGCUACCACGAAAGGCGGAGACAGACACCGAACUGUGCGGAUACAGCAUCCCGCAACAUAGUUGGAUACUAGUGAACGCUUGGGCUCUAGGGAGACACGAGAGCCUGUGGAAAGAUCCGGAUGUGUUCAUGCCAGAGAGAUUCUUGGAGAGGGAUGUAGAGUACAAAGGGCAAUAUUUUGAGUUUAUACCGUUUGGAGCAGGCCGGAGGAUUUGCCCAGGGCUGCCGCUAGCGUCUAGAAUGGUUCCCCUGAUGCUGGCCUCUUUGCUGUACCAUUUCAAGUGGGAGUUGGCUGACGGAAUGAGAGCUGAGAAUGUCGACUUGAGUGACAAGCUUGGGGUUACUCUUGCUUUGGCUCAUCCCAUCCGGGCGAUACCCGUGCCAAAUGAGGAUUUCUUGGGUAAUUGAAACUGCAUGGUGUUGUAAAUACAUUUGCUGACUUAAUGUACUAUUGACUAAGCAUACCCUCAUGCCUCGAUGGGAUCAUGCAGAAUCUUAAAUAAGUUUGGUACGUGUUGUGGAUUGAAGCAGAGUGAAAAUGUUAUCUGCCAUGUUUUAGGAUGGAAUGGUAUAUUUAUAUUUAUAAUCUAUUUCAUGGGGUUUUAUUGAUGAA